ACACACAACACAAACCACCCGAAAUAUGAACCAAAAAAAGAACCAGAAAACUGAUAGCCACUGUCACACUGAACAACAAAAUCAAGAACUCCCUCAUGUUCACAAUCUUCUCUCUCUUAUCUCACCAUUUCUGAUAUCACACUGUUCCUAUUUCAACCAUGGAGACCAUUCUUUCCCCUCCUUUUUCUCCUCUCUUCAACCCCAAAACUUCCCUUCCAAAGCCUUUUCUUUCCCUUUCUCACUUACCCAAAUCAAGUUCAGCGAAGACAAUAUGCUAUAGCCUCAGAAAACAACAUUCCCAGGUUGAAAAAGAUUCAUUUUCAGUACCCAAAAGUUGGGUUUCUCAUGUUCAGCAAGGACUAGCUGCUUUAGCUAUUUCUUUAGCUCUCAAUUUUUGUCCAGUUGUGUCAUCUGGUUCUGCAUUGGCAUCUGAAUUUGAUGUUUUAAAUGAAGGUCCUCCAAAAGACUCAUAUGUUGUUGAUGAUGCUGGUGUUCUUAGCAGGGUGACAAAGUCUGAUUUGAAGGCAUUGUUGUCUGAUGUGGAGAAAAGAAAAGGCUUCCACAUUAAUUUCAUCACUGUCCGCAAGCUCACUAGCAAAGCUGAUGCUUUUGAGUAUGCCGACACAGUUUUGGAAAAGUGGUACCCAAGUGUUGAACAAGGAAAUGACAAGGGUAUAGUGGUGCUCGUUACAAGUCAAAAGGAAGGCGCCAUCACUGGUGGUCCUGAUUUUGUGAAGGCUGUUGGAGAUACUGUUCUUGAUGCUACCGUCUCAGAGAACCUUCCAGUGUUGGCUACUGAAGAGAAGUACAAUGAAGCAGUUUCAAGCACUGCCAGACGUCUUGUUGCUGCCAUUGAUGGCCUUCCU